GCUGGGCUGGGCCGGAGGCGGGAGGAGGGGCCGCGGCGUCGGCGGAGGAAGCGGCAGAGCGGCCGAGCAGGGAGCGCGAGUGGUCGGCGCGGCGGGACUGAGUUUCGAAAUGGGGGUUGAAGGUGGUAUGAAAUGUGUCAAAUUCUUGGUUUUCUUCUUCAACUUUAUAUUCUGGCUCUGUGGCAUCGCUCUCAUUGUCCUGGGGAUCCUCGUACAGAUUGAGCUGAAUAACACCCUGCAGAUAACCAGCGUGUCUGCUUCAGGGGCUCCCAUUGUUAUCCUGAUUGUGGGUGUCGUCGUCUUCUUCAUCGCUUUCUUCGGCUGCUGCGGAGCAUGGAAGGAGAACUACUGCAUGGUGACCACGUUUGCCAUCCUGCUGACCGUGAUCUUCCUGGUGGAGAUUGCUGCUGCUAUUGCCGGCUACAUCUUCAAGAACCAGAUCAAAGACGCACUUGAUGUCGAGAUCAGGAAAGAAAUGGCACAAUACAAUACGAGUAAAGAGUUCAGAGAGGCCUUGGAUAAAUUGCAGAGAGGGUAUUCUUGCUGUGGAGCUACAAACUUCACCGACUGGUUUGAGGUACCAGGAUUCUCCCCCCGGAGUGUGCCUGAAUCGUGCUGCAAAAGAAACACAACUGAUUGUACCAAGGACCCAACACCUGCCAACGUCUUCAAAGAUGGCUGUGUGUCCCAAAUGGAGGGCUGGAUGAAAAAGCACGUCGUCAUUGUGGCAGGAGUGGCGCUGGGCAUUGCCUUCUUUGAGCUCCUCGGCAUCAUCUUUGCCUGCUGCCUGAUGAAAGGAAUCCGCAGCGGCUAUGAGGUUAUGUAGCUGAUGCUCCGUCCUGUGCAUCUGGCCACUGCCGCGGCAAUUGCACAAACUCUGGAAUUCUGUCUCCUUUUCUGGGGUGCAACUGGCAGGUUCCAAUGUACUUGGGGCUUUAUCGUGGGAGAGGAGUGGGUGGGUGCCUUCUCUGUUGCCUUUUUGAAAUGUAUGUGGCCAGCUAGAAGGAUUUACAUGCGGCCUUAUCUUCCUUUAUCCCCCUGAUAGGAAGGUGGAGCCUUAUCGUAGCUUCUGCUCCCCUUCAAAGUUGCCUUCUUCUGCACCUUACUUCCCCCUGUGCUGGGCAUCCUUCCUAUUCACGUGGGCCAUUAGAUUUUUGCUGCCUAGUGGGCGUCUUGUGGCACGCAGCUGCUGCUGUACUCCUAACAUAUGUUCCUCGCACUCUCAUUUCACGUGAGCAAGUACUCUGCAGCUGCUGCUCUCCCCAGAGUCACACUUCUUCGAACUUCUGUAGUCUUUCUCUUGGCAUGCAUCUUAAUAUGCAGAUUACUUUGUGCCUUUUCUGUCUGCCUUAGAAAGGCAGGCUCUUCAAUCAGCCAGGUGCCAUUGUUUUGGAGAACCACAAGGAAACUGAGAAAAAAAAUAAUUAUGGGUCUUGUUUUUAGCCAGUGUCACUAUUUUGGAAAAUAAAAGACAUUUGUUUCCUCAAAAA